UCCCUCAGUGAUGGAGAUCCUGGGGGCCGAGUCCCCUCCCCCAUGUUCCUUGAUGACCUCACAAAGGUCUUCUCCUGCCCAGGCCUCAGCACCAGCUGGGUCCCCACAGGCCAGUCAAAUGGCCCCCCUGGCCUUGGGCCUGGCCCUCAGACUGGUGGUGAUGAGCCUCCCUGUGUCCUGGGGCUGCCUUCUCUGUUUCACCUCUGAGCCUGACCGGCAGCGACUCUGCCAGCUCUUCACAGGCCGGAAGAGCCGUCAGGGCUCUCAGUGUGAGGCCCGGCUGAUGGAAGCCUUCCACGGCCUGACCCACACCCAGAUAAAUUAUGCUGAGAGAGCCCGACUCCACGAUGCCUUCACUCAGACCAUCUUCACCCUGGAGGAGAAGGCUGCAGCCAAAGAGUCCUACAAAGUGGCCUUCCCGGAGGCUGCCCAGAGCCUGGAAGAGGUCAUCAGAGAGAUGAGCAAAGCCCCCGCCUGCGUGCCUCCCUGCGGGUUCCAGGAGCAGGCCAGACUCUUCUUCUGCAAUUCGUGCGCUGCCCAUGACUGUGACCUUCCGCUGGAGUGCCCGAUCAAGGACUUGCUGGUGCCAGUGGGUGGCCAGGCUGCCUUUUCCUGUUCCGUGCCUUUUUCCCUUCCCUCGGAGCUGACCUAUACCUGGCUGUUCGCGGGGAAAAUCCGGACCAAGGACCUCACCUACUUCCGUGUGAUUCCUCGAGCACAGGCUAUAUUUGCUCGAAUCCGGCCUGUUCGGCCCCCGCACAGCGGGACUUUCUCCUGCCUGCUUAGCUCCGACCAGCAAGCCCUGGCCGGUUGUUGCUUCUUCCUAAAUGUGACUGCAGGGAAACCUCAGGGUGAAGUGAAGCUGCAGACCUUGUUCCGGGAGGUGGUUAAGUUAGCAGGCACCAAGGCCGACUGUCCAGAACCUUGGAAGCCAAGCUUCCCCACGCUGCUGGCCCAUCCUGGGGCCCUAACACCGAGAAACCUAGGCCUUCUUGGGCUGGCAGCUGGCCUGGGCACCACGAGCUUCAUCCUGCUGGGGAUGUUGCUGUAUCGCUGUUUGGAGCCUGAAAGCUAAGUGGCCUUCCCUCUUCAUCCGCCCUCCUCCACUCACCCCAAUAAAGAUAUCUUCGAACAAGGAAGUCUAGGUUCCUAAGACCAAAGUUCAGUGGGCCAGCCCAAGGAUAAGGCACCUAGACUGUACUAGGGGAGGGCCGGGUCUGGAACAGCCCCUUAGAGUGUAAGCUCCCUGAGAGCAGGGACUCUGUUUUUUGCUUUAGUAUCCCUAGCCCUCAGCCCUGUGCUGGACUUGUAGUGGGGGGGGGGGGGUAAUAAAUACUAUUUGACUGACUUGA